CGCGGCUCCGCCCGGCACCCGUAGGAGGCGAGGAGGGCGCGCCAAGAUGGCGGGAGUGCCGGCGGUGCGCAUCAGCAUCGAGUCGGCGUGCGAGAAACAGGUGCAGGAGGUGGGGCUGGAUGGCAGCGAGACCUACCUGCAGCCCCUCUCCAUGUCCCAGAACCUGGCGCGCCUGGCUCAGCGCAUCGACUUCAGCCAGGGCUCCGGCUCCGAGGAGGACGAGCCGGGCUCGGCGGGCCGCGCCUGGGCCGAGCCGAGCGAGGCGGAGGAUGAGGAAGGGUUGGUGAAGUUUCAGCCGUCCCUCUGGCCUUGGGACUCAGUGAGAAACAACUUAAGAAGUGCCCUGACUGAAAUGUGUGUGCUGUAUGAUGUCCUCAGCAUAGUUAAGGAUAAAAAGUUCAUGACUCUGGAUCCAGUGGUGCAGGAUCCUCCUCCUGCCAAGCAGAAUCCUCAGUUUCUACAGCUGAUUUCAAAAAAGAAGUCAUUAGCAGGUGCAGCUCAGAUCCUGCUAAAAGGAGCAGAAAGAUUAUCCAAAUCAGUUGCAGAAAACCAGGAAAAUAAGCGACAAAGAGACUUCAACUCAGAACUACUGAGACUGAGACAGCACUGGAAGCUGAGAAAAGUGGGAGACAAAAUUCUUGGUGAUCUGAGCUACAGAAGUGCAGGCUCCCUUUUCCUUCAUCAUGGCACGUUUGAGGUGAUUAAAAACACUGACAUUGACCUGGAUAAAAAGAUACCUGAGGAUUACUGUCCUUUGGAUGUUCAAAUCCCAAGUGAUUUAGAGGGAUCAGCCUAUAUAAAGGUUUCUAUUCAGAAACAAGCUCCAGACAUUGGUGACCUUGGGACAGUCAAUCUCUUUAAAAGACCCAUGCCAAAAUCAAAACCAGGUACCCCGCACUGGCAGACAAAACUGGAGACUGCACAGAAUGUUCUCCUGUGUAAAGAAAUCUUUGCCCAGCUGUCACGAGAAGCUGUUCAAAUUAAGUCACAAAUUCCUCACAUUGUUGUGAAAAAUCAGAUCAUCUCUCAGCCUUUCCCAGGUUUGCAGUUGUCUAUUUCUCUGUGUCACUCUUCCAAUGACAAAAAAUCACAGAAGUCUGCUUCGGAAAAACAGAAUCCUGAGGAUCAUCUCUAUGUUCUGGAACAUAAUUUGCAUCAACUUAUCAGAGAGUGUCACAAGCAAACUUUGAGCUCCACAGUGAUGCCACAUCCAGCAAGCGCCCCUUUUGGCCACAAGAGAAUGAGGCUGGCAGGGCCACAGGCUUUUGAUAAAAAUGAAAUCAGUUCUUUGCAGUCAAACGAAGGACUUCUGGAAAAGAUCAUAAAACAGGCAAAACACAUCUUUCUGAGGCGCAGAACUGCUCGAACCAUUGACAGUCUGGCUAGUCGUAUAGAGGAUCCUCAGAUUCAGGCCCACUGGUCAAAUAUAAAUGAUGUUUAUGAAUCCAGUGUUAAAGUUCUAAUAACUUCUCAAGGGUAUGAACAGAUAUGCAAAUCCAUUCAACUACAGCUCAACAUUGGAGUUGAACAAAUCAGAGUAGUGCACAGAGAUGGAAGAGUUAUUACACUGUCUCAUCAAGAGCAAGAGCUGCAGGAUUUCCUUUUAUCUCAGAUGUCGCAGCACCAAGUCCAUGCAGUUCAGCAGCUUGCAAAAGUUAUGGGAUGGCACGUGCUGAGCUUCAGCAACCACGUUGGCCUGGGGCCAGUGGAGAGUAUUGGCAAUGCAUCUGCAAUAACUGUAGCAUCGCCAAAUGGAGACUAUGCCAUUUCAGUACGUAAUGGUCCUGAAAGUGGCAGCAAAGUUAUGGUUCAGUUUCCACGGAGUCAGUGCAAAGAUCUCCCCAAGGGCGACGUGCUGCAGGACAACAAGUGGAACCAUCUUCGAGGGCCCUUCAAGGAAGUCCAGUGGAAUAAAAUGGAAGGGCGCAACUUUGUGUAUAAAAUGGAGCUGCUCAUGGCAGCCCUGACUCCAUGCUGAUCAUCUCUCAGUCUCCUCGUGGGGGCUUUGAGUCGUUGCUGCGCUGCCUGUGCAACAAAGGAUGAUUCAGCCUGUGGGGCUACACAAGAAAACAAAACCACAUUUAUUUCCUGUACAGAUGCAUCUGUUGUAGGGUUUAUAAUAAAGCAUUAUCAAUGAUGUGCAAUACAGCUUUUUCCAAGAGUUCCUUUCAGCUGUAUCUCUGCAGGCUGCUCUACCUAGACCAACAUUCCUAAGUGAUUACUGUAUUUUUCUUCUAUAAAAUGAAAUUCAAGAGUCCUUUGCCUUACGAGAGGUGCCUGCUCAAAAUGAUACCCUUUCCUUCCCAGCCUCUGGUUUUUCCUGAACAGAUUUUUAUAAACGUUUCUGAUAAAAAGAAAAUUCUGACAUUUAAGCUGAUAAACCUUUUAGUGGCUGAUAUCCUGAGGAAAGUACCAUUGCUUAAAAUUCAAGUUACAAGUCUUCAGUGUGUGAUGUUCUUGGCUUGGGGUUGAGGGAAUACCUCUGCACUGCAUUGGUGCGGCUCUGGGUCACGCACUGAAUCUCUUGUGGAGAGGCACAGUGGUGUUGAGGGUUGUACAGUCACAGCUUGUGACGUGGCUGUAGGUGACUUUAUGCAGUAUUUGUUACUGCAUAAUUUCUGUUGUUUGCAAGCUUGUCGAGGAAAUGAUCUUUACGUCUAAAAUUCUCCUGCCAGUUUGAAUUUUUGUGUAACUUUUUUGUGUAAAUUCAUGUCUAGAAAGAACAGACUGGGAAGAGGAAGAGCAGGUAACUCACGUAAUAAGCCUUGGAUCUCCAUAGUCAUCCUGUUCUUUGUUUUCUGCCCUGGCAUUUGCUGCCAUUCAGAAAAAUGAUAGUUUUCUCUUAGAGGUCAGCUCCCUUGAGGUCUUCAAGAGGUAAUUUUGUUUGUUUCUCCUUCUUUGUUGUAAUUAUAGCUGCCUUGAUAUUUCUACUAAAGUUUUGCCCAGUUUUCCUUUUGCUUUGUCAUUAAUGGCUAAAGGUCUCUUUGAAACUGGUCUGUGUAAGCUGGUUAAGAUUUUCAUCCACAUUGUGUUACAAGGUGUGUAUAUACAUACAUACACAGAAAAGAACUUUUUGCACAUAGAACAUGCUUGAAUUAAACACUGUCCUUCUGUAGUGACAGUUGUUCUUUUGCUACGUUCUUGAGCAAUAUGGAAUAGCUGUUAGAAAUACCUAUUAAGCAACUGUUUUUGGCAAGCUGCUGUUCAGUGUGUAUCCAAAGCAGCUAUUAUACUGUGUUGAAAUUUUCCAUUGUGGAACAUACUGUUAUUUCAGUUCCUUGAAGUUCUUACUUAUGUGGCAGAGAAAGGCAUUUCUCAUAAGGUGUCUUGGAUAAUUCAUGAAAUUGAAAAAAUAAUGGUUGAAAAUAGCACACAGGUCUCUUGAUCAUCUUGGGGUGGGUGAGUCUUACACAACUGCCUGUUCCCAUAUUGCUUGGCUAGCAGGUUUUGCUCCUUACUGAACAGGGGGUGGCAGUGCAGCUCCCAGCACGUUGUGCACCUGACACAGCACAAAAAUCUCACCCAAAAUCAGAUGUAUGUAUGAAAAAUUAAUUAAAUGGAUCUGUGUACCUCACUGUUUUCAACCUCAACUGACAAGUCUGCAUGGAGCAGCAGCCUUUUUGUCAAAGAAGCACUUGGUUACCAAAUAAUCACUUUGGAGUUAUUAAGUUGUCACGCUUGCAGGAUUUGUUUCCUUCUGGAGGAAAAAGAAGGAUGCAGGGGGAUCAUUUAUCUUGUUUCAGAAGUGCAUGGAUGUGAUGGGCACAGAAAGUUGUUUAGACUUUCAGGCCUAGCUGUUAGUAAAAACUAGGAGCAGGAGCCUGCAGAGUGCCUUUCACAAAAGGAAUAUUCAAUACUGAUGGAAAACAGGCUGGUAUGACCUCUAAAUUGAGACACGAAGUUGGAGCUCUUAGCAGUAUGCCUUUAAGCACAAGCUGGGUACGUUUAGAGAGCACUAAGACCUUUACACUUGAUUACGAAAGCAGUUUUGUGAACUUGGACAUCUCUU